CAGGCUAUGUUAGAUACGGAUUUUUAAGCAGUUACCAAAUAUGUACCUAUAGAAAAAAGACAAAAUAUUGGAAAUAUGAAACCAUGAACCAAAAGGCGAGAGCGCUUUUGCGCAAAAUCACUUUUCUCUUCAUCCUUCUGGGAUUUAUUGACUAUGUGGUGGCUUAUGGACUUCCACACUGGGCCAAAUACACGUCAACAGACGCCACCCAAAUCCACAGAUAUGGCCUUUUUAUGACUUGUAUUGAGGACUUUCUUAAAUCUGAAUGCGACUCUUUCCAUCUUUCUAAUGUGGAUGGAUCCUGGAAGGAUUUUGUCCAGGCUAUGGCCAGUCUGGGCCUCUUCUUUUACUUUGUAUCCACGGGGACGGGGUUUUUACAAUUUUACUGGGAGUAUAGAACCAAAAGGAGACUACUGUACGCCUCCGCGGGGACGGGAAUUGUCGCAGGUCUUCUAAUCAUCAUCGCAGCAUACUCAUUCGCUUACAAUAACAGCGGAAAACAGAUCUCUCUUGAAUAUGGAUUUUUCAUGACGAUCAUAAGCAUAAUUCCAGUCGUUAUGGGCAGCCUCCUCAAUUGUUUCAACGCAGUUCUCGUUCGCACGAGCAAGAAAAGGAAACAUCUUGGCAGUGGCUUUGAUAUUCGUCAACAUAUGUUUGAUUUCAGUGUAAAACCACCUGUUGGCACGCAUCUGAAAGACCUCGUUGAGAUAAGCGAGGAUAAAUAUGAAGAGUACCUCCGGCCGACAACAAGACAAAGUAAAAAAUCCCACAAGAAACCGCCGCCAAAUUUCGAUUAUUUCAAUGAAAUGCUGGAUGAAUUAAUGGAUGAUGAAAGUAAGCAAACAGAAACAACAACAGACGGCGGGAGUUCCUUCAAAAAAGAAGAAGCAGACGACACAAAACAGAAUGAGGAAAUCAAUGAAUCAGAACAAUUAGAAGAAAUUCCACAGAGUUCAGCAGACGUGACUGAAGAUGUCGAGAAGGAGGAUGAGGAUAUAGAGAGCAUAGCACCACCUGUCAAAACUGGGGUGUCUUUCAAUGAUUACCCAGUAGUGUUUACGGAUAGGGUGCAAAAACCAAAGCCCGCCAAAAGCACACGUGAUGAAGAAAAGCUUCGACAGUCUGCUCAUGAAAUGAGAAUGGCGCAGAAAAACCACAGGAUAGCAAUUCUAAGAGUAAAUUGCAAAAGAUGUCCAUUCGAACACACCAUAACAAAGUUUGUUGAAGACCUUAAAACGGAAGACUAUCCAAAAGUCGUUAAGUACGUUGAAAGUGCAGAAGAUCUAUCAUUUCAUCAUCUUCGAAGUCGUUGUCUUCAGAAUAUGUUGGAACCGAUCAAAAAGCCCAGUCCAAGGAGAUUGAAUCACAAAGAGGAGUUGAUGUUAAAGGCUACUGCAUUACAAGGACUGCCCAAAAUAAGAAAACAUCGAUUCUCAAAAAUGAUCUCUCCCAAAGGAGUGGACGUUGAAAAGAAAAAGAAAAAGGUGACAAAUAAGAUUUCACAUAUCGAUAAUGGAAGACAGUCUGAAAGCAUGCAAAGUUCCAAAGUGGAUAAAGAAUUGAGGAGUAUAUCGCAGUGUGAGGAAGAUGAAAACAUGGACAAAAUUAUAGAUGAAAUAAAUAGAACAAUGGACAAUCAAAGUAAAAUGUCAUCAAUAUACAUAGAUACAUCUCUCAAAAUGGUCGAAAACGCUAAUAAACCAGCGGAUGUUACAUUUGAUGAAGAAGGAGAUAUUUCAUCAGAUUUACCCACUGAAAAUGAAAGAGCAGAAAAAGACGACGAUCAAAGUCGGAAAACCGAAAAUGAAAAUUUAAAGGAAACAAUUGACGAAAUUUUAAAUGAAGAUGAAGUAAAGGGGCAGAUAGACGAGGGGGCAAUUGCUGACAAUGAAGCAGACGCCAGUAGCGAGGAAGAGAUCAUCGAUGACCCCGGAGAUGGAUUGGGACUCUCCGACAACGAAGAAACUGACACGGAUAGAGAAGCACAAAUUGACGGAGUUUCCCGGAAGACCCACGUUACACAAGCUUCUGCAAAAACAUACUCUUCUGAAAAUGCGACGUCUGCGCUGUAUCAGCGACCUCUAGUGUCGUUUGACGAACCAAGAGUAAAGAAGAAAAAGAAAAAGCAGGUGAAGCGAGCUAAAACAUCGUUUCCCAAAAUUGAUAUGUCCCUUGCAGGUCGAAGUCAUAAAAGUGCCUCCCUCACCAAGCAAAGACGUGCAAAUAAGGAACAAAGGAUUGCUAUAGUUCAUGAUCGUUGCAAGAAAUGCUGCUAUGAACUCUCGAUUCCAAAAUAUGAAGAGGACCUCACGCAGGACGAAAAAAAUAAAGUGGAAUAUAUUAUAGACCGCUCUAAAAGUGCCAAAAGUUAAACUGUAUUCCUCUU